UCCAGAACACUAUCAGCAGAGGGAAUGUUCAACUACCUCCGGAAACGCUUUACCAGCCACAUCAGAGAACGUAGCCGACGAAGAGCAAGGCUUGUCUCUAAAGAUGGAAGGUGUAACAUAGAGUUUGGCAAUGUAGAACAGUCAAGGUUUGUCUUUUUGAUUGAUAUAUGGACAACUAUUCUGGAUCUCCGAUGGAGAUACAAAAUGACUAUCUUCAUUUCAGCGUUCUUAGGCAGCUGGUUUCUAUUUGGUCUCCUCUGGUACGUUGUGGCAUACAUCCACAAAGAUCUUCCAGAAUUCAAUCCUUCCAUAAAUCACACCCCCUGCGUUGAGAAUAUCAACGGCCUGACUUCAGCUUUCCUGUUCUCCUUGGAGACGCAGGUAACCAUCGGUUAUGGCUUCAGAUGUGUCACAGAACAAUGCGCCACUGCCAUUUUCUUGCUCAUCUUCCAAUCUAUCUUGGGGGUAAUAAUUAAUUCUUUCAUGUGUGGUGCCAUCUUGGCCAAGAUAUCGAGGUCCAAAAACCGAGCUAAGACCAUCACCUUCAGCAAGAAUGCUGUCAUCAGCAAACGUGGUGGGAAGCUCUGCCUGCUUAUUCGGGUGGCAAACCUCAGGAAGAGUUUGCUAAUUGGCAGUCACAUCUACGGAAAGCUUCUGAAGACCACCAUCACCCCAGAAGGAGAAACAAUCAUUUUGGACCAAGUCAACAUAGAAUUUGUAGUUGACGCUGGCAAUGAGAACCUCUUCUUCAUUUCUCCAUUAACUAUUUAUCAUAUCAUAGAUAAGAACAGCCCAUUCUUCCACAUGGCAGCAGAGACUAUUCUGCAGCAAGAUUUUGAAUUGGUGGUGUUUUUAGAUGGCACUGUUGAAGCCACUAGCGCUACCUGUCAAGUGAGGACAUCCUACAUCCCAGAAGAGGUGCUCUGGGGAUAUCGCUUUGCUCCCAUUGUGUCCAAGACCAAAGAAGGGAAAUACAGAGUAGACUUCCAGAACUUCAGCAAGACAGUGGCCGUGGAGACUCCCCAUUGUGCCUUCUGUCUCUACAAUGAGAAAGAAGCUAAAGCCAAAGAGAAGAAAGGUUACGACAACCCCGGUUUUGUCUUGUCAGAAGUUAGUGAAACCAGUGACACAAAAAUGUAG